AUGUCAUCCAUGCCCUCCUACACAUCAAUCCACCUAGCCGAACGGCCCAAGGACCAGAUCGUCCCCGGGAAAACCUUCACCGCAAAGCAACACCCCAUCCCCAGCGCCUCCAGUCUCAAAGAUGGCGAAGUCCUCUUCCAAACCCUGUACUUGUCCCUCGACCCCGCGAUGCGCGGCUGGCUCAACGACACCCGCUCGUACGUGCCGCCUGUCAAGAUCGGCGAGGUAAUGCGCGGCGCAGCAAUUGGCAUCGUCCUCGCGUCCAAGUCGCAAAAGUUUCCGGUCGGAACCUAUGCGAGUGGCACCGUAGGCUGGACUGAGUACGUCGUUGUGAAAGAAAAGCAGCUACAGGCUCUGGACCUUCCGGAGGGUGCGGUACCGACGGAUGCGCUGAGUGUGCUUGGUAUGACCGGGUUGACGGCGUAUUUUGGUAUUCUGGAUGUGGGUCAGGUAAAGCAGGGGGAUUUUGUUGUGGUUUCGGGUGCUGCAGGCGCGACAGGCAGUGUAGUCGGUCAGAUUGCGAAGAUCAAGGGGGCGACGGUAUUGGGGCUUGCUGGUGGCGAUGAUAAGGUGAAGUGGUUGAAGGAGGAGUUGGGUUUCGACUAUGCGUUGAACUACAAGGAUCCCGAGUUUGCGAAGAAGUUCAGAGAGGCGACAAAAGGACUGAUCGAUGUUUAUUUUGACAAUGGUAAGUGCAGGGUAAAUUCUGGGCUUGAAUUGGCAACUAACGGUGACAGUUGGUGGAGAGAUCCUCGAUAUGGCUCUCGCCAGAGCAAAGCCACAUGCAAGGUUCGUCAUGUGUGGUGCUAUCAGUCAGUACAACAAGGCCAAGGCACAAGGACCAAAGGUGAGUGGGCAAGCAUCUUCUCUGUUUUAACUUUACGCUGA